ACGCGCUGUAAAAUAAUCACUUUUGAAAAUUUUCUUAUUUCUCAGCUUGAGUUCUUUCUAUAAUUUUUCUUUACGCACUCCAGUUCUAAUUUUAUGUGCGCCAGUUUUUAUUAUAUGACGUCAUUAAAUAGUAACAGUCGUUCAAUUAUGGCUUUUCAUCUGUUGCACUGGGCUUCUAAGGGCAAUGUUAAGAAAAUUGAAAAGUUGGUUGAUUAUGGAGUCCAUAUUAAUGCGUCAAACAUAAAGAAUGAAACUGCAUUGUUUAUUUCUUCAAUGAAUGGUCACGCCAAAUGUGUAGAAUAUUUACUAAACAAGGGAGCAGAUCCAAACUUAUCAUCAUCAAUAGGAAUGACUCCUCUACAUGUUGCUAUUCAACAAGAUCAUGUAAAAUGUGUGGCUCUUCUACUUCAAUAUGGAUCUGAUCUUCAUAACACGUUUGCUGAGUAUCCUACCGUAGUUGCAUUUGCACGUUAUCAUGGUAAUCACGAAAUUUUGCGUCUUCUUCAUUCCUUUAUGGUCGAUCGUGGUUUUGGUCAUCAUCAACCUGCGCAGAACUACAACUCCAUAGUUAUGAACUCUUGUGCGUCGGCAUCUUGUGUUAGGUUGACAAAUGAGAAUAUUGACAAUUCUUUCUGGGGAAUCCCUUUAAUUGAAUUAGAUGACAUAAAGAAGCCCGAACACAAGCAUUCAUUCAAAGGUCCUUUUUUUAACUUCAUCGAUGGCAUGUGGCGAGGAAGUCUUGUCACAGUCAAACAUGCACCAAAAUUCAACCAAGAUUCGUUCUAUCAUUAUAGACUACGGAAGGAAAUAAAUUUAUUGAGGCAAUUGCGUCAUUUCCGGUUCCCAGUUGCAAUGGCAAUCUGUUUGAAUCCGUUCUGUUUGAUCAUGGAGAGGUUUUAUUUCUCUACGUUAUUCUUUUAUGUCCGUCAAUCGAACAUGGAUAUGGAAAAGGAUUUGGAGUGUCAUCUCAUGAGGAUUAUAAGGAUAAUGAUGGAUAUUGCUCAAGCACUGUCCCAUCUUCAUCGGCGCAAUUGGAUCCAUUGUCAUGUGACAUCACACAGCAUUUUUGUAUGUGAUGGUCCUCGUGCUAAACUGGGAAGCCUAGAGUUCUGUGAAAGAUCAGGAGCCUCAGUCAAGUUUAUGGAAUGUUUUCAAGAUGAACUGCCUUGGUUAGCACCAGAACUACUGGCUGUUGGUAAAGCAAGUUUUCCUGAUGAUAUUUAUAGCUUUGCAGCAACGCUGUGGGAAUGUUUGACUCGAACAACACCUUGGUCUUGGUGUUCAGAAGAUCAAAUACCUUACUCAAGACUUUUACCUAUUUUACUUUGCUGGCCUAGCCUUAUUAAACACCUCGUUAGUCAGUGUUUAGAUGAAAUGCACAAGAGGCCAACCGCUGACAUUCUGUGUCGUAAGCUGGGAGAGUUCAUGAGAUUGGGUAUUUGGUUAGAUCGUCAUCAACUGGACGACAUGUUUCAGCGAUGGCUUAUUGAACAUCGUAGAUGCACAAAAAAUCUAUUAAGAACUCCAAGGUCAUUAGACUCAUCCAAACGUGAUUUAAUGUUAGAACCAGUUGAUGAUACGAAAAGACGUCGUUCUUCGUUACCUGUGCCAAAAAAACCUCAUUCCAGACGGCGAUCAGCUGUUGUUGCUACUUUAGUCGAGGAAGCUCUCUCAACAGUUGCUCAUGUUGCUCGUCAGACUGCAGACGUAAAGGAAGCUGAUAUUUUUAAAUUUGGAUUUAAACUAGCGCGAGAGAUUGCUGAAUUACGUGCGUUUUGUGCUGUUGCCAUCAAGAAAAAGCGCAAAGCCUGGGCUAAAGUUGCAAUGGCAACAAGAGAUCUUGAAGAAGAUAUGUUUGAUAGUCUUGUGGGUUAUGAAGAAGUGACAUUUCGCCGAAAACAUGCACAUGCUGCUAAUCUAAAGAAACAUCAUCAGGAAAAAGAAGAAGAAAAAUUAAAAGAAUCGUUGCAUUACAAACGUUCAUUGAUCGAACGCCAUCAUCGUAAAAACUGGGCUUGUUAUACAAUGUUGCUGUGUGAAAUUUAUGGUAUUUUAAGACGACGAUGUACUAUAAAUGACGACGAAGAUUACGAGAAUGAAACUCUCACUCAGUCGGUUGCAAGAAUCAGUAACCAGUUGUCUAAUUUCAGCAAUAAUUUGAUGGAAAGUUCAGAGAAUGAUAUUGUUUCCAAAUCAAUUAACUCUUUGGACUUUGAGGAAUGUCGAUCCAAUGACAAACAUUCAUGGGAAAAUGAUGAUGAUGGUGGUGGUGGUGAUGAUAUUUAUAAUAAUCAAAGCUUGUGUCUUGACAUUAGAUCCAAUAAUUGUGUUGAUUUAUCGAAUAUGGAUAGAGAUAAAUCUGAUAUCGACGGUGAUAAAAGAUAUGAACAUGGAAAAAUGCUGAGGGAAGAAUUGUAAACAUGAAGGAAUCUUUUAUUUCCAGUGGUAGUAGACCUAUGAGAAGGAAGACGACGUCAAGGAGUCUUGAGGGAAGUCAAUAUUUUUUGAAAAAAACUCAAAAACAAAGCAAAGAAAUUAUGAGUAAUACGAGAAAAGGGAAAAGUAUAUUUCGUCGGAAACAAAAGAAAACCAAAUACAUGCAAUAUUCCGAUUAACGUUUUCGUCGAUUAAAAAAGAUUUUUGUAUUUCAAAAUGAACACAUACUAAAAGAUAAAUCGCUGCGAUAUAAAAAUGAUAAAGAAACUAUCGAGGUCUUUCAUAGUUGUUUCCUUCCUUAAAACGGAAAAGCCACAUUAAAAAAUAGACGAGAAAAAAAACAGGUCAAUAGGAAAGAACAAGGAACGUAAAGAGCGAUCAUCAUUAGGAAGAAGCUCUGCCUUUAGACGACCGUCUGGGAAAAAAAUUCUGCUUUCCCCUGAAAGAACCUUUUUCCUAAGUUUCAUCAAUUUAUUUCUUGUCUUCAUUAUAAACGGAAGUAAAUUUUUAGUUCUCGUUAAACCAGACGUGUGGUACCUGCUGAGAAACCUGCUGCCUGUGUGUAAGCACAACCAAAUACUGCUUUGUGUUAGUAAAUGAAAGUUUGGAAAUAGGAUCCAAUUAGACAAUUUUCAUUUUGACAUUAAAAACGAUGAGAGUGCGCAGUGCAUGCUGUCUUAGAAAUCAGGUGUACACAAUAUUUUAAGUAGUGAAUUAUACUAUUGCAUUUGUGGAAUUCUUUAUUUCACCCAUAAAGAUGUCAAACCUUUUUUUCCGGCAGCGCGACUCUUACGAACUUUAUUCAACUGAAAUACUGAACAAACGAGCUUCAGUUUGAGGUGAAGAUGUGAAUGGUAGAUCAGACUAACGUCAAAGUAUUAAAUUUUUUAUAAAUUGA